UCCCGCGAGCGCGCCUGGUACGCGCAGACGCUCCAUGGGGUGAGUGGAAGCGCGCUCCGAAACGCUACAAACUUUGUCCUUCAGUUUUUGCUGCGAACUUCGGAGGGUGGCACGUGGCGGCCCGCGGUCCCAGCAGCGGCUUUUUGUUUUGGAGGAGCUGCUGAAGUCGGAGCUGAGCGCGGCUUGGGACGCUGUUCCUUUGUGUUUUGGCCGAAGCCAUGCGCGCGCUUUGAAGAUGAAGCUUUGUGUCGUCACUGUGGUGCUCGCGCUGGACCUGGCCGCCGUGGCCUUCAGCCUGUCCACGUGCAGCUCGCUGGACAUGGAGCAGUUCAAGAAGAGGCGCAUCGAGGCCGUGCGGGGCCAAAUCCUCAGCAAGCUGAAGCUCAGCGGGCCCCCGCGACACUUCCUGGAGCCCCACGAGGUGUCCCGCGACAUCGUGGCCAUCUACAACAGCACGCGCGACCUGCUGCAGGAGAAGGCCAACGAUGCGGCGGCCACGUGCGAGCGGCAGCGCAGCGAGGAGGAGUACUACGCCAAGGAGGUACACAAGAUCGACAUGCAGCCCCCCUACCCCUCAGAGAACUUCAUCUCUCCAACACACUUGAACCCUUACUUCAGGCGGCUCACAUUUGAUGUGUCUUCCAUGGAGAAGAAUGCUUCCAACCUGGUGAAGGCGGAACUUAGGAUCUUUCGUCUGCAAAAUCCUGGCGCCCACGUGUCUGAGCAGCGCAUUGAGCUCUACCAGGUUUUAGGACACAAAGACUUGGCAUCACCAACACAGCGGUAUAUAGACAGCAAGGUGGUGCGAACACAGACAGAGGGGGAGUGGUUAACCUUUGAUGUAACAGAAGCUGUAAGUGAAUGGCUGAACCACAGAGAUAGAAACAGUGGAUUCAAGCUCAGCUUGCAUUGUCCGUGUUGUACAUUGGUGCCACCGAGUAACUACAUCAUUCCCAACAAGAGUGAAGAGCUGGAGGCACGAUUUGCAGGUAUCGAUGAUGGUUUUAUCCGUGGUGGGGAUCUGAAGAUCUUUAAGAAGCACAGUGUUUGGGCUCCACACCUUCUCCUCAUGCUGUUGCCGUCAUACCGCCUGGAGUCCCAGUCCCACCACAGGAACCGUCGGUCAAAGAGAGCCCUGGAUGCCGCCUAUUGCUCCAGGAAUGUCCAGGACAAUUGCUGUUUACGAUCUCUCUACAUUGACUUUAAGAAGGAUCUUGGCUGGAGGUGGAUCCAUGCGCCCACAGGAUAUGAAGCCAACUUCUGUGCCGGUGCCUGUCCAUAUCUGUGGAGUGCAGACACUCAGCAUGCCAAGGUUUUAGGUCUGUAUAAUGCCAUUAAUCCUGAAGCAUCGGCAUCACCCUGCUGCGUCUCUCAGGACUUGGAGCCCCUCACAAUCCUCUACUACAUCGGCAAGACACCCAAAAUAGAACAGCUCUCCAACAUGAAGGUCAAGUCCUGCAAGUGCAGCUAGGAUGUCCCAGCAGCCUGACAGCACUUCGCAAAACACUAAAAAGCCUCCAGCACACAUAGGACGAGUGCUGAUGUCUGACGUUAUGAUGUGCUAUGGAUGCAAUCAUACUGAAAGGAAAUAUUUAGUCCAAAUGUAGUUUUUAUGUUUUUGACUCAUUUAAGUUAAACUGAUGGCCACAUAAUGAACUGACUGGAUGUGAUCUUCAGGUCUGGCUUUGCUUUUUUUGUGGCUGUCAUCAACAUUCAACACAGAUUCUGGGACAAAGUUGUCACUUUCCUGGAUGGCUCACAAAAAAAAUAUAUAUCAGUCACUCAAGCACAAAAUGAAUUUUGGGGACAGUGUUGAACACAAAAAGUCAACAAACAGUGGUGUAACAAAUGGUGGUGUAAGUGUAACAAAUUUUAUAUGCAUCUUUCCGAACAAUAUGUUGAUAGUGGGCAUUGUCCCUGUCAGCCUGACAGUUUAUGGUCUGUAGGGUGGGAGAAAUUUGUAUACAGUAAUUUUGUUUUUGAUUCAUUUCUGGUCAUAAUGUUAACUUAUUAUUUUAAUCCAUUUUUCAGCUUCAUUGUCAAUGUUUUGCUUUGUCAAAUACUAUGCCACAGCGUAUUAAACAUCCUCAGAAGGCAUUCUAA